ACGGCAAUGAGUGCUACUAGUCUGCCAAGUCAUUUAAACAGCCCAUAGGCCCAUUUACACCUUCUCUACCGCAUAUCAUCUGGAGCCCUUUACCUCCCAAACUCCCAUAGCGUAUUCCUGAGGAAUUCAAGCGCGGGAGCAGUCGGCUGUCUAAAUCCGAGCCUGUAAAUACUCCAUCCGGUAAAUUUGAUAAAUUGGUCUUCUUUAGAAUUUCGAUUGUAGUAGUUUUGUAUCUUUUGUAAAUCCGAGUUUCUUCAUUUUUGAACCAGUAAUCUAGCUUCUUCUUCCAGCAGUGAUUGGUUUCGAAGCCCUUUUCAACCAAAUAUGAGUCGACCAAUGGAAGAAGAUGCCCCUGGGAAGAAUGAGGAAGAGGAAUUCAACACAGGGCCACUGUCUGUUCUCAUGAUGAGUGUCAGAAACAAUACACAGGUGCUCAUCAACUGUCGUAAUAACAGAAAGCUUCUAGGCCGUGUAAGGGCUUUUGAUCGCCACUGCAACAUGGUGCUCGAAAAUGUUAGAGAGAUGUGGACUGAGGUUCCCAAGACGGGCAAAGGGAAAAAGAAAGCCCAACCUGUUAAUAAGGAUAGGUUCAUCAGCAAGAUGUUUCUUCGUGGAGAUUCCGUGAUCAUUGUUCUCCGGAAUCCCAAAUAGAGGGUACUCUUUUUCCCUUUUUGUAAGUUGUUGCUUAGGAUGAGCAUUGCAUAUUUAACAUUGUGUUAUUUUUUUGCUUAAUGUAUUAUUCUAUCCAUGCAUGUUACUGCUAGAUGGUUCAUCUUAUGCAACUCCUGUCUGCACUCAAGAUUUCUACUCUUGCUGUGGUUUAGUUAUCCCAACUUAGACUUCUUGGGGUAGGAUAUUGUGGAAUGGCUUGUUAUUUCAAUGUACUGUCACUUUGAAUGAGGCUACUUAGUUUUUUGCUUUACUACUCUGCCUUUCCUGUACUUCUCUAAUUGACUCUGUUAGUCUAAUAUCAUCUCGACCAAACACUAUCUACCUCCUAAUAACAUAUACUAAUAUGCAUAUGAUGCUGAAGUUGUCUGUGUAAGAUGCGUUUGGUAGCCGUGAUGAAGAAAGUGAGUUGUUGUAGAGGGCAUCUCUCCUAUUUAUUUUCGAGUGCAUAGAUGUGUACUGAUUAUUCUUUUUGAAGUUAGAAAUUUAAAAAGCUUAUGUC